UUAUGGCACUCGGCAACAGGGCAGGAUGCAUUUCGAGCCUGUCCUGCCUCCUCUGCUGUCAAAAUCAACUUCUCUCUCAGCAGUAAGGACACCUCACCUCAAAGCUCAUCUCAAAGACUGACUGUAAAAACAAGAGGCAUCAUUUCUGUGAAUGAGAUUGUUUUCGUAAGUGCAGAUGCGGAAGCUGUUACCACCAAAAUAUUAAGGAAACUGGUGAAAGGAAGCAGUCGAGCUGUAGCGUAGGAACAAGUUCAAGCACUCGGAUCUGGCUGCGCCCUGAGCUGUGUACUUGCCACGAUGCAGCAUUCCCAAGAAGAUUUGACUGCACCCGGAGAGGAAGAUGGCUCCUUUGGGGGAGGAAUAUCUCCAAGGCUCCCUGAAAUCAUGUCAAUAGGAUCACAUUCAUUUUCCCCAGGAGGUCCUAAUGGGAUUAUUAGAAGCCAGUCCUUUGCUGGCUUCAGUGGGCUUCAGGAAAGACGGUCCAGGUGUAACUCCUUUAUUGAAAAUUCCUCUGCGCUCAAGAAGCCCCAAGCAAAGGUGAAGAAAAUGCAUAAUUUGGGCCAUAAGAACAGCACCACUCCCAAAGAACCCCAGCCUAAAAGGAUGGAAGAGGUCUACCGAGCCCUGAAGAGUGGCCUGAAUGAGUAUCUGGAAGUUCACCAGACAGAGCUGGAUAAGCUGACUACUCAGUUAAAAGACAUGAAAAGAAACUCACGCCUGGGAGUCCUGUAUGAUUUAGAUAAGCAAAUCAAAGCGGUUGAGAGAUACAUGAGGAGGCUGGAGUUCCACAUUAGCAAGGUGGAUGAGCUUUACGAAGCCUAUUGUAUCCAAAGACGCCUCUGUGAUGGUGCCAGCAAAAUGAAGCAAGCUUUUGCAAUGUCUCCUGCCAGCAAAGCAGCUCGAGAGAGUUUGACCGAAAUCAACAGGAGCUACAAAGAGUACACAGAGAACAUGUGUACCAUAGAAGCAGAGCUGGAAAACCUAUUGGGGGAGUUUUGUAUCAAGAUGAAAGGUCUGGCUGGCUUUGCUCGGCUCUGCCCAGGAGAUCAGUAUGAGAUUUUCAUGCGUUACGGUCGCCAACGAUGGAAACUGAAAGGCAAAAUAGAAGUGAAUGGCAAGCAAAGCUGGGAUGGAGAAGAAAUGGUUUUCCUCCCUCUCAUUGUUGGACUGAUCUCCAUUAAGGUCACAGAAGUUAAAGGGCUUGCUACUCAUAUCCUUGUGGGAAGUGUAACCUGUGAGACAAAAGAUCUGUUUGCAGCUCGGCCUCAGGUGGUUGCAGUAGACAUUAAUGACCUUGGCACAGUAAAGCUGAACCUUGAGAUCACCUGGUACCCCUUUGAUGUUGAAGACUUGACCCCAUCCACGGGAAAUGUGAGCAAGGUAUCUGCUCUCCAGAGGAGAAUGUCCAUGUACAGCCAAGGCACUCCUGAAACACCAACCUUCAAGGACCACUCAUUUUUUUCAAAUUUGCCAGAUGAUGUCUUUGAAAAUGGGACAGUGGCCACUGAGAAGCGGCCCCUCUCCUUCACUUUUGGUGACCUGCCUUAUGAAGACGCUGUGCCCCCUGCCAACUUAGCUGAGUCCUCGUCUGCUUAUGUCAGCUCCAGCCCUGACAUCACUGCGACCCCCACCCAGCACCAAGCCCUUGAGUCCUCCCAGAGCUCAAGCCUAGACUGUAGCAGCAGCGACUCCCGCAGAGACUCUGUUGCUGAGCCAAAGGACCUGCCAUCCCAUGGAGAGGGAGCAGUGGCUGAGAGCAAGAACACCCCAAGGGCAGCUCCUGAAGUUUGCCAAAAUAUCUCCGAUGCUGGGAGCAAUCGUGUCUUUGUAGAGACGAGCGUCCCGGUGUCUCUCCUGCAGGACACGGAUGAAGGUUCAGAACUCAAGCCUGUGGAGCUGGAUACCUAUGAGGGCAACAUCACGAAGCAGCUGGUCAAAAGGCUUACAUCAGCAGAGACACCCCUGACCCCAGAGAGGCUGCCGUGUGAGGGAUCCAUUAGUGGGGAGUCGGAAGGAUAUAAGUCUUAUCUUGAUGGAAGCAUUGAGGAAGCCUUACAAGGGCUUCUCUUAGUUCUUGAGCCACAUAAAGAGCAGUAUAAAGAGUUUCAGGACCUGGAUCAAGAAGUGAUGCAUCUAGAUGACAUCCUAAAAUGCAAGCCAGCAGUAAGCCGAAGCAGGUCCUCAAGUUUAAGUCUAACAGUUGAAAGUGCUUUAGAAAGCUUUGAUUUCCUGAACACCUCUGACUUUGAUGAUGAGGAUGGUGGUGGUGUGGAGGUUUGUAAUGGUGGAGGAGGUGCAGACUCGGUAUUUUCAGAUACUGAGAUUGAGAAGAAUAGUUACAGGACGGAGCACCCAGAAGCCAGAGGCCACCUGAGCGAAGCUCUCACCGAGGACACGGGUGUGGGCACCAGCGUGGCUGGCAGCCCUCUGCCCCUGACUACAGGCAACGACAGCCUCGAUAUAACCAUAGUUAAGCACUUGCAGUAUUGCACCCAGCUCAUUCAGCAAAUUGUGUUCUCCAGUAAAACACCAUUUGUGACAAGAGACCUCCUGGAUAAGCUGUCCCAGCAGAUCCUUGUGAUGGAGAAUAUUGCGGAGAUCAGCACUGAGAACUUGGGAAACAUCACCUCUCUUACUGAUGCAAUUCCAGAGUUCCACAAGAAGCUGUCACUGCUGGCUUUCUGGAUGAAGUGUACUGGCCCUUCAGGAGUGUAUCACACUUCUGCUGACAAGAUGAUGAAGCAGUUGGAUAUCAAUUUUGCCACCACUGUGAAUGAAGAGUGUCCAGGACUUGCAGAAACAGUCUUCAGGAUCCUGGUGUCUCAGAUCCUGGACCGGACGGAGCCGGUCCUCUACUCCACCAUGUCCUCCGAGACCAUUACUGUCUUUCAGUAUCACAACUACUUUGCCAGCCACAGUGUCAAUGACCUCGGAAGCUAUUUGCUACAGCUCGCAAAAGAAGCAUCGGUGGUUCAGGUGCUGCAGUCUGUGAAAGACGGAAAACUGCAGCAAAAUGUGUCCAAAAUAAACUCCAAUAACCUUCCACCACAGCAGGAAGUUUUAAGAGCUUUGGCUUUACUUCUCAAUGAAAAUAAAAAUGAAGUCAGUGAGACUGUGGCAUCACUUCUGACAGCAACUGCAGAAAACAGGCACUUCAGGGAGAAGGCCUUGAUUUAUUACUGUGAAGCACUAACCCAGCCCAACCUCCAGCUGCAGAAAGCAGCUUGCUUGGCUCUAAGAUACCUCAAGGCUACUGAGAGCAUUAAAAUGCUGGUCACGCUCUGCCAGUCUGACAAUGAAGAGAUCAGAAAAGUGGCAUCCGAAACCCUACUCUCCCUUGGUGAAGAUGGGAGACUGGCAUAUGAACAGCUGGACAAAUUUCCCCGGGAAUUUGUUAAAGUUGGAAGCCGCCGUGGAACUGAAGCUGCCACAGCUUUUUAGAUGGAAAAGAACCUGCUAAUAUUUAACAGGCAUUAAAGUAGGAUGGAGCUGCACUUCAGUGUGGGGAACAGAAGGAAGACUUUAAAGAAUUCUAUGAGAAUGUUCCAAAAUGUAGCAAUUUACAGACUUCUUAAAGAAAAGCAAAAUCUAUAAUCCAGCUUAAGGGUUCCUAUUGGCUCCUUGCUGCAGCUCAUGAUGGAACAGUUGGAUGCUGAGGAACAAUACUUUCUUGACUGGUUCUAAACAAAUAAUGUAAUUGCAGUUAUUCAGCCUCAACAGACUUCUGUGAGGUUUUUAGAAUUUGGCAUCUCCAUAUAUUUUCCUAUUAUAUAUACUUCCUUGAAGUUGUCGUGAAAGCUUGAGAUGUGUGAUACCGUAUCUAACAAGGACAAUCAGGAGGCCACCUGAGCAGGCAUGCAAAGUUUUCCCAUGAAUCCCAAAUGAAGUGUCUGCUGCCAUGCAGUGUCCCCAGCAACACUCCAGCGGCAGGAAACGCUGUUCAGCUUUCUCAGUGGUGUCUCAGUAAUGAAAGUUCUACAAGUUUUGCCUCCAGAAACAGCGUGAUGCAAGCCCUGGGAGGCGUCACUUUGGUGACUCAUUCUAAAUGCCUCCACUGGGCUUUUAUUCCCUUCUCUUGCCCUCCAGCAACAAACCAUAAUUAAUCCAGCAAUUUGUGAGGGGGAUCAAACAAUCAUGUAGGUUUCUGAAAACCAAAUGAAAAGGUAAAGUGCAUUUAUUUAUUCUGAGAAGAAGGAGUGAAUAUCGCUAAUUGCACAAGUCCCCAAAACCAUUUUGUUCUGCAAGUUGCAGGCAGGAUUGGAUUUCAUACAUUCUAAUUAGUGGAGCACAGUUUCUAUAGAAUUAUUUCAAUAUAAAGAACAGAACAAACUCAAGUGGACCUCGGAGGCAAUAAUAAACAGAGGGGGAAGUGAAUGCACCUCCCCUCCCUGCCCUGCAAGGUUGAAAGACAGCGAGUGCUCCAAACUGUUGAUUACAAGCCUUAAGUUAACAGAGGAGGUGAAUAGAAUUUAACAGAAGAGUGUUCCUGUGCUGUGUUCAUUAUGCAUGAAAUGCUAUUUAGAUGUCAAUUGAAGUAUCCAAAUUUGCAUAGAUGACAUAGAAAAUACUGCAAACAGUUCACAUCAAAAGGAAACCUUGUGAGCCAAACACUUUGGCAGGCAGGGGUCAUUUGUUUUGGUUUUUUUACUGUGAAUGUUACAAGAAUGUACAUAUCUGUAUAUUUAUAAAUAUAUAUAUUCUUCCUUUAAUUAAAGAAGUACAUUUUGUACAGUGCAAAAUGCUUACUUGUUUACUGAGGGAUAUAAACACUUUUGCAGAAGGUGAACUAGCCAUGUUAUGGUUUUUAUACUACACCUGUCCCAUCAGUUGAAUUCUUUCAAGGUGUCCUUUUGUAUCUACUUUUUUUUUCUUUUAGUUUUGUGGCAUUUGUACUCACCAUAUUUCCUAUCACAUUUAAGUUAUAAUAAAGAUUAUUUUUUAAUUACUAAGCA